GGCGGCGGAGGGGCCCGGGUGCGCCCGGAGUCGGGGCCGUGCAGGAGCCGAGCCAGGCUGGUAUCGUGGUGGCCAUGUUCCUGAGCCGGUGGUGGUGGGCAGUGCGCCAGCAGAUCAACUGAACGCAGGGAAUAAUGAGCACUAUCACAGCUGAAAGCCAGCCAGGACCAGGACCUGGAGCUGGAGCUGCCACCAAGGCAUGGUGCCGUGGCUGAGCCCGGUGUGCUGAGUGUGCUGGACCCCGCACCCAGCAGCACAUACUCUCCCCACAGCUGCACCACGCGGAUGGAAAGCUGCAGCCCAGCAGGGACUCUAGCUGGCCGGCUGACGCCAUCCUGCACCCUGUGCCCCAGCCCUAUGCCGGAGCGGGCGCCCUCCCCGGCUCAGCCGCUCGCUGACCAUGAAGUGCUCGUUGCGCUUCUGCUUCCUCUCGACCGCCUUCCUGCUCGUCUUCGUCAUGUCCCUCCUCUUCACCUACUCCCACCACAGCAUUGCCUACCUGGACCCCGGCGGGCUGGGCGGCAUCCACCGGGUGAAGCUGGUGCCUGGCUACGCCGGCAUGCAGCGGCUCAGCAAGGGGGGCCCAUACCCCCGGGGCUGCGCUUGCCGUCGCUGCCCGGCCGACGAGGCUGGGGCUGCUGACUGGUUUGAUGCGCGCUUCGAUGGUGCCGUGUCCCCGGUGUGGACCAAGGACAACAUGGACCUGCCACCUGAUGUCCAGAGGUGGUGGCUGAUGCUGCAGCCCCAGUUCAAGUCCCACAACACACAUGAGGUCCUGAGCAAGCUCUUCCAGAUUGUGCCAGGCGAGGAUCCCUACCGCUCCCGUGACCCACGCCACUGCCGUCGCUGCGCUGUGGUUGGCAACUCAGGCAACCUGCGUGGCUCCGGUUAUGGGCCAGAGAUCGACGGGCAUGACUUCAUCAUGCGGAUGAACCAGGCACCCACGGUGGGUUUCGAGGGUGAUGUGGGCAGUCGGACCACACACCACUUCAUGUACCCUGAGAGUGCCAGGAACCUGCCUGCUAAUGUCAGCUUCGUGCUGGUGCCCUUCAAAACCCUGGACCUGCUCUGGAUCGCCAGUGCCCUCUCCACCGGCCAGAUCAGGUUCACGUACGCACCUGUGAAGCCUUUUCUGCGGGUGGACAAAGAAAAGGUGCAGAUCUACAAUCCUGCCUUCUUCAAGUACAUCCACGACCGCUGGACGGAGCACCACGGGCGCUACCCCUCCACCGGCAUGCUGGUGCUCUUCUUUGCCCUCCACGUCUGUGACGAGGUGAACGUCUUCGGGUUUGGCGCUGACAGCCGGGGUAACUGGCACCAUUACUGGGAGAACAACCGCUACGCCGGGGAGUUCAGGAAGACGGGAGUGCACGACGCCGACUUCGAGGCGCACAUCGUCGACAUGCUGUCCAAAACCAGCAAGAUCGAGGUGUACCGGGGGAGCUGAGCCUGCCUGGCUCCCGGCUCUCUCCCGAGCACUGCUGGAACCAGCCUGGCCUUGCUCGGUGCCUCAGCAGCCAGCCAGGUUUAGAGCUAAAGGAGACCCUCUGCUUUUUUAAUUAUUAUUAUUAAGAAACCCAGCUGAGAAAGGAUUUGUGAACACAAUCAGUGACUGAUGGCGGCCGCCGCCGCCUUGCGUCUCGUUACAGUCAAACCAAAUGCUGCUCUUUUUAAAACAAGACGACAACCCCAACCACCAAAGCCGGCUGACCUUGGGGAGCACCCGAGCAUCGCGUCUGGGCUGAGGGAGACCUGGUUGCCCAGCAGCCUCACUGGUGGAACAGCUGCUUCUUGCUUCCUUUAUUUUGAUAUGGGUUUUUUUUACUCACCUGGAGCAGCCGCCCCUGUUGCUUCCCCAGGGAAGGCUCCCUCCCAACAUGUCCAGUAGGUCCUGGUGCAGCUGGAUCGUACAGACCCACCACGGGGAGCUGGUGGCCACGGGAAGCCAAUGCUCUGCUGCAGGCUCUUGGCUGCUGGCAUGGCCAGGUUGGGAGACAGAGAGGAAUCCUGGCUCCAGGGCUGGUCACCCCUGCUCCUCUGUCUGAGGACUGAGGGAGGGUAGGACAGAUUUCAGGGGUGACCAUGCAAAAGGCAGCUAAGAACCCCAAAGGAACAGCAGCCCUGGCCCUUGGACUGGGCUUUGCGAGCGCUUGCAGAAUGCUCAAGGGAUGCAGAAUGCAGCAGCAGCUCCAGUCCCACCAGAGGGGAGGAGACAAGUUUUCCCUUGGCUUUUGGGUUGGGAAAAAUAACAGAUUAGAGAUAGCUUUAGUGGGUGAACAAACUGUGCUUUUGCUUUCGCAUUGCUACAGACAGCUCCGGUGAGAAGCUGAAAUCCCAAAGUCUUUGCUCUGUUUAUGAAGUUGGGACUUUGUUGAUACCAGCCUGGUCCAGCCACUGUCCUCAGGGUCCCCAGGGUUUCCUGUGGCAUGGGACAGAUGCAGAAGGGAAGUGCCUCCCCAAAGAUGCAACCAAAACCACUUUAUUCGGGUCAGCCAGGCAGAUGGGUUGGGUUUAGGUUGGUGUGGUUUUAGAAGAUGCUGGAACGAAAAAGGCAACCAUGGAAAAGGUACCACAGAGAGGGACCCAUCUGCACAGCUGGUGACCACUCUUGAUGCUUGGCAUGGUGAUGACACAAGCCCCACAGAGGAGGGGUUGUGGGGCUGGAUCCCAGGUUGCAAUAGCUGUUUGAGGAACAAUCACCAUAGGGGUUUUACCCUUUGUGAUUUUACCCUUUUUUACCCUUUUGUAUCAGGCUUUCCUGCAGCAGCCUCUUCCCUGCUUCUCUGUGUCAGUUUUCUUUUUUUCCUGAGGUUUCUCUCUGCAAUCGUGAAACAGGAGGGUUUGGGUCACCUGGAGCAGGCGCUGAGCAUCCCCUGGGCUGGGGGAAAUUCAUCUUUUCUGUCCACAGGGCUUUGAUCCCCUCAGUUUCAUGGUGGGUUUUGAUAGAAACGGUGCCACACAAGCACAAGCAGCCCAUCCAUGACCUGUGACCACCAGAGCUGGCCCCAAGCCCCGCUUCAAACCCCGUGACAUGGAGACAGGUUGCAGCGAGCCCCAGUCUCCACCUCCCUGGGUCGUUUCUCCCUUUUUUAGGGGAAGAAAACCAAACCCACAAAACCACGAGCAACAAUGAGUGCCUUGACCACCUCCUGUCAGCUGCGCCAGGCUGUGCAUGCUCCCUUGCCUGUGGUGGGGGCUUGGCAGAGUUAUCCGGCAGUCAGAACUGCUUCCCUCCUUGUGCAGGGCUGGCUCUCAGCUGGGACGUGCUGCUGGGGCAUACAGACAGAGAGGCAAAUGGCAUUUGGAGAGGCCAAAUCCAGCGUGACAAGGCUGACCAUGCCCAGGGCCAGGCCAGACAAUCACAGGGCAAGCGGAGGCACUGGGUACCAAACCCAGGUACGAAAUGCAUUGGCAGCACAGUGCCAGCGUCUGGCUUGCUUGUGGCUCCUUGCUGCCCUGACAGUAUUUUUAUUGGGCUGAUUUCAUUCCCGUACCCCCUUUGGGGUUUUAAUUAUUAUGUUUAUUUAAGCUGUCCCGCUAGGACUUGCACCUUCUGUUUCUCUGGCACAGCAGCUGCUGGCCAGGCACAGGAGGAGGAUGCUGCACGGCUGGCAGGGAGCCGUUGUGAUGAAUACCACUGUACUGUACAUAGAGGAGGUGUCAGGCAGAGGCUGUGGGCAGAGAGGAGGUGCCCAGGCUUGGUCUUCAUCACACAGUGCCUGAUGGAGCACCCAUCACUUCCCACCCUGUGGGGAGAGACACCAGAGCUCUGAGAUAGGGCUGGGAGCAGGGGGGUGCCUUCGCCUGUAGCCUCUGUGUACAUGGGAUAUUUCUGCACACAACUGUCUUAAAACCUUAAAACAA